CCUGGGGGUCACGUGAGCGGGAGGCAUCAGAUGGAUGGAUGGAUGGACGAGAGGGUUGGAAGCAGCAGCACAUCAUGUUGCAUGUUAGUGUUGGAAAGAAUGGACUGAAGAAGGAGCAGAAAGUCCAACAUCCUGAAACGACGACGAGUCACAUGCUCACAAUCAGUAGAUGAGCGACCGGAGAAGAUGGAACCUCUGGAGGAGUACCGCUCACCCUUUGAUUUUGAGCAAGGCGUCAACGCCAGCUACAUGUAUCUGUCGCCCGCCUACAGCAACACGCCGCCCAGUUCGCCGGCCCUCCCGAACCGAGGUCACCAGCAGCAGCAUCUUCUAGAUCCUGUCGCCGAGGUAGGACAGGACGUGGCCAUGAGUGUCGGGCCCCCAUCGCCUCCCCCCGCCAUGACCGAGGAGGAGCGCCAGGAGCUGCAAAUAGAGCUACUGAAGGUGGAGGAGGAGAUCCAGACGCUGUCCCAGGUGCUGGCGGCGAAGGAGAGACAGCUGGCCGACAUCAAGAGGAAGCUGGGAGUGACGCCUCUUAACGAGCUCAAGUACAACUUCACCAAGACCUGGCAGGAGGUCACCACCUCCUCGGCCUACAAGAGGACGUCCGAGACGCUGUCGCACGCCGGCCUCAAGGCCACAGCGGCCUUUUCCAACGUGGGCUUCGUCAUCAGCCGCAAGCUGGAGGACGUCAGCAAGCGCUCUUUGCAGCACUCUGCUAGCAUGCCUGUCAUGAGGAACGCUCCUUCUUUCAAGUCCUUUGGGGAGAAAGUGGAGACAUGGAAGACUAGCUUGAGGAGUCCGUCCAGUGGCGACGUCGGCGGCGGCAAGCUAGAGAGCGGCGCCAUUCCCGCUGUGGAUCCUCAACAGGAGGACAAGCCCAGCGAGGAAACGCCAAUGCACUGAGCCCAAACCCUCAAUCCUAACCCCUCUUUGACAUCACAUGUUCAUUGUUUACCUUUUUUAUGUGCCAGCAUCCUUCUGUUUGCUACCAAAUAAUUAUCUUACGUUGCCAAUCACCUUUAUUUAAAGUCGUCUUAACACUUUUUUUUUGUUUCCUUAUGGAGCUACCACACCUUUAUUUCCUCCCAACUGAACUACAGUUACAUUCCACUGCCCACACACACACACACACACACACACACACA